AUGCCCAUCACAUCCCUCUCGGACCCAAAACAAGAAGGAAGACACAUUCCUCCAGGUUCCAAUCAGAUCUUGGCAGCGCCGGCGUGGGACGGCAUUACCAACGGGUCGACGGGAGCAGAGUUGGGCCCGAAUGCGCCGCGCCAGAUAAUUCCAGACGCUCCAGACUCCCUCGUCUUGCUCAGCUGUUUCUUUCUGCGUCGCACCGCCAGCCGUGAUCAGCCCCGAAUCGCGACCAACUUCGACCUGCGCUUCAUUCUCCAAACUUUCUACGAACUGCAAGACGAAACUCGCAAAAUCGCAACCAUGGCCGGAGCUUCAGCAAUCACCUCUACUGGGGAACCUGUCCCUUUACCCACUCAACCCAUCCCAAGCUCAAACGAUGCGACCCCGCGCGCGGAUGGAGAUGAGAAGAAGACCAAGAAGCGCGGUCUCUUUGGGUUCGGCAAGAAAAAAGUAGAAGACGUCAUCAAAUCGACCUCCAAAACAGUCGCAUCACCGUCUACUAAUGAAACAACCUCCUCGCCAACAAGACGAACUGCUGCCUCUCCUAUCCGCACAGAACACACCCAUUACACCCCGUCCUCUCCCAGCCGACCCUUCGCCUCUUCUCCACGUCUUGCGUCCCCAGCGGGCAGCCAGAUCUUUGAGCGCAACGUCCAAGAGUCCGCCGUCGCGCUCCCAACCUCCCCUGCGAUCCCCUCCCAUAUUCAGACCGAGAACUACAUCCCGCCCGUCCUUGACGCCUCCUCCGAAGCCAUCACAGACACCCACCUUAACCCAGAUAGUGUCGAGAUCAUCACACACGCCUCCCAUCAGCCCGCCGCUGUAACCGUCACCGGCGGCGGCGGCGGCUACAACGAGCCCACAUGGGUUGACGAGCUCGCGGCCUUCUCCCUUGACCGAGGCAACAGCCCCACCAACCCCGACAGCGCAAGCAACUACGGCAGUCUUGACACGACUGACGUCCGCAGGCUGUCAUUCAUCUCGUUUGCGGAUGUAGUACAAGCCGAGCAGCAGUCUUUUGGCGGAGUAGCCGGCAGCAGGGAGAGCAUGCACAUCCCCGGACUGACCUCGUUAACCUCGCUCAACAACAAUGCCAACCGGUCGCCUUCCCCAAUCAGGUCGCCGGUGUCGUCAUCAGCGGGUGAUCCGGGCAGUAAGAGUGGAAGUGUGAAGGGGUUAGAGCUCAGCCCGGCGAGGAAGCCGCUCGGUAGCCCGACGAGUUUGAUGGGACAUAGCAUCCCGCCUUUGGGGUUGAGUGCGGCGGGGGGGCCGACCGUGAGCGGGGAGUUGAGUAUUGAGACGAUGAGCCAGGCGUUGAGGAGGACAGGGAGUGGGGAUUUGAGGGGGGGGUUGAUGGUGGGGGCUAGUUUGCCGCAAAGUCCGGUUUAA